AUGAUUGUCACUUACAAGAAUAACCGGUUUGUGCCGGCGGCUCUUAUUACAGUAUGUUUCUGGGCCGCAUAUUGCCUCGUGGACCCGAGCGUGAACAACUUUGGCAGCGCAAUCUCAGGAUGGGGAUCCAAAGAUGACCAGAUCCGGACACCCGAAUCCGCGCCGCCCUGGGAGGCAACCACCAUAACCGCAGGCUCAACCUCGCCAACACCUGGCACGGCUCCCCCGACAGUCUCUCCGAGCAAUUUGGAGAGCACCGAACCAGGUCCGAGUGGGAACUUGUCAGCGACAGACGUGCUCUUGAUUGUCAAGACGGGGAGCACAUCGAUGUGGAAACGCCUCCUGGUUCAUUUAACGACGACCAUGUCUCCUCAACGGAUUCCUCUCGAAAACACAGUUGUUUACUCCGACUAUCCAGAAACCAUUGGCGACGUCAAAAUCAUUGAUGCCUUGGCAAACAUCACCAAGACGACCCAGGCCCUCGCCGACUUUGAUGUAUAUCGGCAGCACCCCGAGUACGCGGGCCACAACGUGUACGUGGAGGCCGCUGGAGUUGAUGGCGAUAAUUACGGCCCGCCAGGAGGAUGGAUUAUCGACAAGUACAAGUUCAUGCCCCUGAUGCAACAUGCCGGAAACAACUGGGCCCAGGCCAAGUGGUAUAUUUACAUGGAGGACGACGCUUAUCUUUUUCUGCCCAACGUCCUGGCUUACCUGUCAAACUUUGACUGGCGCGAGCCACAUUACCUCGGGAGCUACGCUGCCAAGUCCGACGUCGUCUUCGCUCAUGGCGGCGCCGGGUUUGCGCUCUCCAGGGGGGCAUGGGAGAAGACAUUUGGGCAAAACUCGAACCUGUCUGCGGAUUAUGAAGCAUACGCGGCUGCCCAUUGUUGUGGCGACCAGGUGCUCGGGCAUGCUCUCAACAAACACGGGGUGCGGUUCGGAGAAAACCACGGCGACGAGAAGUUCACAUGGGGCUUCAACCCCGUUGUACAUUGGCGGUUUGGCUUCAGUCGGUGGAAUUGGUGCAGCCCCCUCAUGUCCUGGCACAAAGUCCAUAAUCGGGAUGUUGCAAGAUACUUUGCCUUCGAGAGUUCUUGGGACUUUACGAAGCCGCUGCUCCAUCGCGACUUCUUUCUAGGCAUGAUUUCUCCAGAGCUUCAGAAACGGGCCGAGUGGUGGGACAACCAGUCCGGCUUGUUCCAAGUGACGUCGGCAAACAAGGCGGACCCUCCAACCCCUGAAGAGAAGCACGACACGGCGCUCUGGAAAGGAGCCUGGGUAUCGGUAGAUGCGUGCGAAGCGGCUUGCAAGGCUUGGGCUGCGUGCGUCCAAUGGAGCUACGUUGAAGAUUUGUGUAACAUGGACGACAAACUCAUGAUGGGUCAGGGCUAUGCCCCCGCCAUGUCCGAGAGGAAGACCGCCUUGAAGACAACCAGCGGAUGGCUCCAAGAGAGGCUCGAUGGAUGGCAUUGCGACUAA